AUGGCCAAGGCAAAUGCUAUUGAGCUUGGAGAGGGUCGAAAGUCUCGUGGAGUGAACAAAGGCGUGUCGAUACUAAACUUCAUUUUCAGAAUACUGGCAUUCAUAGGCACCUUGAGCAGUGCAAUUUCAAUGGCGACGGCAAACGAAACGCUGCCGUUCUUUACUAGGUUUUUCCGGUUCAGAGCCGAGUACAAUGACCUACCAACACUCAUUUUCUUUGUGGUUGCCAAUGCCGUUGUAAGCGGCUAUCUGCUGCUUUCUCUUCCUUUCUCAAUCGUUCUCAUCUUAAGGAGCAAUGCUCAAAGGGCUAGGAUGGUCUUGAUGAUGUUCUUUGACAUGGCAAUGCUGACUCUUUUUGACAGCGGGACUCUUUUGACAGCGGGAGCUUCGGCAGCGGCAGCUAUUGUGUACUUAGCACACAAGGGGAAUAGCAGGGUGAACUGGCUCGCCAUCUGCCAACAAUUCAACGCCUUCUGCCAGCGUACUUCGGGUUCUCUGAUUGGAUCCUUUGCCGGAAUCGUCCUUAUCGCGCUGCUGAUUACAUUAUCCGGUGUUGCCCUUGCUCGACGUCCUUAG